UUGAAUACUGUACUCACGUCGAGUGGGAGUCGGACUGUUUAGUCUUUAGUGGGCUACGGGGAAAUAUUCGUGCUCCAUGAGACCAACGACUUAGACGGCAGGCCAGCACGCUGUGUUGAAAUACGUUUCGUGGCUUUAACGCAGUACAACUUCUGCAUUAUUCUAGAAUCCCCAUGCUCUACCACAUGUUUAUUGGUAGGAGUCCCAGUGAAGUUAUUUCUGAAUCUUACUAGCAUUAGCUUGCUGCUGAUAGCUAGCUCGUGCUCAGCUAGCUCACUCCCCGGAUCAGCGCCAAGUCGACGAUUUUUUCCAGCUUUUACGGUCUUCAAGUUCACGUGGACUGUAUAUGCAAGAUACAAAACUGAGUGCUUUGGAUUAUUUUAGAAUACACUCUUGUGUAUUAUUUUUGGAAAGAUGUAUCUUUUGAUAGUAGACUGGAAUCGAUGAGAAUUUUGUCCGUGGGGCAGCUACCUAGCUGCAGUUGGAUAAGCAGGGUUUGUGUUUUCACUAUCAACUUUCCACUGGAUUGACCGCGCGUGAUUCGGGAAAGGUGGAUUAUUGGUGACAUUAAAUCCUUCGCAUUUGUGCACUACCACUCAUUUUUAUAGAUUUUCCCCUUUUUUGUUCCAAGUGACCGUCUUCUUUACAGUUUGCAAACAACCUAUGCAGUACCUGAGAGCUGACUACUGUAUGUAGCUAUCCAAAAAGGAUUGCAUCUUCAGUUUAAUGUUGCUUCCAUAACAAGUUAGCUUGAUAACGUUACGUGUCAAGACUGUUAUUGUUAUACUAUAACUAUAUAAGUAUUUAAGUUUGCUGUGGAAUUAAAUAAUCGGUAGUUUCCCAAAGGAAUCUCAGUAUGGAGGAAACCUCCCGUCAGUCAACCAAUUCUGUUUAUUUGGGAUAGCAUGUUUGUGGGGGAACUUCGCCGAGCAAUACUUAGCGUACUAUACUUGUUGUUGUUGAUGGUUCACCAACAUCCGAAAUACCUGGACGCUUCAAACCACAAGUAGCUACCAUGUGCAAAUAUGUCUCAUGAGAGUUCUUGUCAUUUACGAGUAAUUAGGAACUGGACAAUCGAGUUUACCCUGGACACUACAGAAUGUUCAUUGGAAUAUUGGCCUUUUCUCUGUCAUUAAGAGUGAUUAUAUCGGUGACUGCUAAAUUAUAAAAAGGGGUGACAAAAGACACUCUUUGUCUUAGAAUUUCGGAAGUCGUCGGUGUAACCUGGGACUAAUCUGAAAAAAGAAAGGAAUUGCGGCUACCCAGUGCGAAAAUGGGACCAGCAACAAAACUGGCGUUUGGUGUAUUUCUCAUCUCUUGCUCCUCAGGUGCCAUCCUUGGACGUUCGGAGACGCAGGAAUGUAUGCAUUACAGCUACCAUCCCAAUGCCGAGAGCCGCAGUAACAGGACGGUGGUGAAGCAGUGUGUGGGGGAGAAGGACAAGCGGGUGCACUGCUACGCUACCUGGAAGAACAUCUCGGGCACAGUGGAGCUCUACAAACAAGGCUGCUGGCUGGAUGACAUUAGCUGCUACGACAGCACGGAGUGUGUGGAGAGGCGAGAGGUGAAGGACAUCUUCUUCUGCUGCUGUGAGGGGAACCUGUGCAAUGAAAAGGUCUACUAUAACCCUGAUACGGUUCCACCCACGUUCAACCCCUUCUCUCCAAAGCCUCCACUCUUCAGCACGCUGCUCUACUCCCUGGUGCCCAUAAUGGGCAUUGCUGCCAUCAUCCUGUUCUCCUUCUGGAUGUACCGGCAUCACAAGCUGGCUUACCCACCAGCACUGGUGCCUACUCAGCACGCCUUCCAUAUCAUGAUAGAGGAUCCGGGACCCAUGCCCCCCUCCCCCAUCCUGGGGCAGAAGCCACUGCAGUUGAUCGAAAUCAAAGCCAGGGGGCGCUUCGGCUGUGUGUGGAAGGCCCAGCUGCUCAGCGAUUACGUCGCCGUCAAGAUCUUUCCCAUUCAGGACAAGCAGUCGUGGCAGAAUGAGUUUGAGAUCUACACCAUGCCUGGCAUGAGGCAUGAGAACCUGCUGCACUUCAUCGGGGCUGAGAAGAGAGGAAGCAACCUGGACAUCGAGCUGUGGCUGAUCACCGCCUACCACGAGAAGGGCUCUCUGACUGACUAUCUGAAGGCCAAUGUGGUGUCCUGGAACGAGUUGUGCCAAAUUGCCCAGACCAUGGUCCGUGGACUGGCCUACCUGCAUGCCGACGUUUCAGGCCUGAGAGACGGGCACAAGCCUACCAUCGCUCACCGAGACAUCAAGAGCAAGAACGUGCUGAUCAAAUCCAACCUGACUGCCUGCAUCGCAGACUUUGGCCUGGCCCUUAAGUUUGAGGCCGGCAAGUCAGCUGGAGACACACAUGGACAGGUGGGAACGCGGCGCUACAUGGCUCCUGAGGCACUGGAGGGCGCCAUCAGCUUCCAGCGCGAUGCCUUCCUGAGGAUAGACAUGUACGCUGUGGGCCUGGUGCUGUGGGAACUCGCUGCCCGCUGCACAGCUGCUGACGGCCCAGUGGAUGAGUACAUGCUGCCGUUUGAGGAGGAGAUAGGCCAGCACCCCACGCUGGAGGACAUGCAGGAGGUGGUGGUGCACAAGAAGCUGCGGCCCACCCUCAGGGAGUGCUGGAAGAAACAUGCGGGUCUCGCCAUGUUGUGUGAGACCAUCGAGGAGUGCUGGGACCACGAGGCGGAAGCGCGGCUCUCUGCGGGUUGCGUGGAGGAGCGUGUGGUCCAGAUGCAGCGGCAGACCAACGUCACCGCGCCCGAGGAGAUCGUUACCGUGGUCACCAUGGUCACCAAUGUGGACUACCCGCCCAAGGAGUCCAGCCUCUGACUAGCCGGAGGCGCUGCCUGAGAAACAACCAACACGGACACAAAAAAGAUUAUGAAUAAAUUAAAAGAAAGUGAUAAAUAGAGACAACACUCCAAACUCCGUAACGCACUGGUGGCGUCUGCCCCCUUCCUCCCUACCCUCUCCCCCAGUUGUACAUAGAGGCAGGAGGACAGUUAUAUGGUUAAGUCACUGGAAGGACACGGGCCUACUGCAGGUCUUACUGCAUAGCAUACCUACAUGUGUGCCUGGCGACUCGCUUUUGGGUCUUUCGGACGCAGUUGGGGGAAGUCCACAGAGCUGAACUCUUUAUAAGAGGAGCCCUCACUGCAUGGACACACACAUGUUCACUACUUGAUAACUGGACGGCUAUAUUUAAAGAAAAAAAAAAAUCAAGUCAAACUUCUGCUGAUGUCCCUCGUGGAAAAGAACAUGGACGUCCUCUGUAGAGGAAGAGAAGAGGACGACGAGCCUCAGCUCACUGUUCAUUUCAUUUCAGUAUGAAUUUUAAGAAAAAAAAGGGUAAUAUGUUGGUUUUUAAAAUGCAUCAGUUGAUCUUGUGUUCUCACGAAUGACUAUUGCAAUGCCAAUAAGAAACAGCUUCUGAAUGUCUAGUGUGUUGCUGCUGUACAUAAACUAUAUCAGAGAGAGUGAGAUGUCACAGAAAUCAAAAGGUUUUUUUGAAAUUUGCUUUUUUUCCGGAGCAUUUCUUAACGGAAAAAAAUACCAACCUCUUUCUACAAGGUAUACCUCAGUCUCUAAUCAAAUCGAUAAAACUUUUAUUCUCAACACUAAAACAGCAAAACACUACAGAGCAUUUAGAUGACCUAUGUUAGGCAGUGAAGACUUUCUUUUUCCAACAAAUCUGAGUAUGCCAAGAUGAAAAGGCCAUUCAUAAACCAGUAUUUCUGCCUUUAUAAGAUCUUUGUGUUUCCGCUUUUUUCCUCCCUGCUGUUGAUAAUGUGACCACCCCUCUGCUUUUUUAAUCAUUGUGGUGAUUGUUAUUUUAUGUUCGAUUGAUUUUUAGAGAGAUUGAGAAGAAAAAAAAAAGAUCCCUGAAAAUAUGAAUUUAGUGAAAAAGACAUGAAAGCACUUAACCCGUUUGUAGAUUUGCAGUGUCCACAAGGUUAUUGACGUAUGUGCAUGCCUUUUGUGUUUGCUUUGUCUCUUUUUUGUCUCUAUAUGUGGGGCUGAUGGGUGGGGAAAGGAUGACUGGUAUAUGUUAUGGAAACAUUUUGAUGUUUUAUGUUUUUUUUUUUAAUGCUGAUUUUAAUCUCCUGUCCGGGCGUUGCGUUGCUUGUGUUUUUUUGUACUUUUGUCUGCGUUGGUGGAGACGUUCUCCUUUCCCUCGUGUCUGCUGUGAUCACUGUACUUCAGUACGUCUCAGGAAGCUCUCUGGCCCCCUCCUCCCUCCCUCCCUCCCUCCCUCCCUCAGCUGCUCGUUCUGGUGCCACAGAUGUACUCACCCUUGUUUUUGUUUUUGUCUCUUUUUGUUGUUUGUUUGUUGUUUUUAUCUGAGGGGUGUACCUAUAUACUUACACACAUUCAUGCACACUCAUGCAGGACUUUCAGGCUAUUGCUUAAGGACAGGUUGAUGGUUACUUGCUCAGAGCACCACCAUCUCCCCACCACCACCACCACCCUUGAAAGGACGUAAUGGAUGUUUGUAUGCUAUGAUAUGCCAUACUGACGUGCCCCAUUCAAACCCAUGUUGCCAUGACGGGUUACCAUGCUUUUGUUGCUGCUCUCUGACUAGUCUGGAUUAUGGCUCCAAGACCCCUCUCUAUUCUCCCUGAUAAUCUCAGCGUAUUAGGAAAUAUUCAGGGACAUUCGACGACAGAUUCUGAUCUGCCUACAUUUAUGCAGUUCACUGGAGAAGGGGUGCAGGAGCUGGCCAACCACCACCAAAGCCUAGACUAGACUAGACUGACACAGGUAGCGCCUGGUGUAGCGUCUGCUUCUCAAGUCUACAGAGCGUGAAAAUGUUAAGUAAAAAAGUACAAUCUAUGAGUUGCUGUGCCAAUGCUGGGCUGGAAUACGAGUAGUGGCUUCUGGAGACAGUAAGGGUUGCAGUAUUUUGGCAUAGGCUCUGUAAAAGCAUUUGCCUGUUGCCUACAUUGGAAUGGCAUGCGUUGCGGGGAGCAGUGACCGUUUGCUUGGACGUUCUCUCAGGACCUCAGUGAGGCGAUUGUAGAAGUGGGUUGUGAGUGUGUGUGUGUGGGGGGAGGUGCUGCUAGGAAGAGACAGCGGAGCCAUGCAAGCAAGGGAGGGAAGGGGAGGCGUAUAUGCAAUCUCUCAGAUUCGUCAGUAUGCAUCUAUGUAGCCAUCUUCUCAAAGCUCUUUGGCUGAGAGGGUUUCCAGUAUUAUUUUUGAAUGUUGAUUUAAUUUCCUUCCCCUCCUGUUAUGAAACACUAAAGUUUUUUUUUAUUAUUUGUGGGCUUCGCAUGACAGGACUGAUUGCUGUUCGGUGGUUGGUUGUGGUUUCCAGGUGCUUCACUGCCACAUACAGUACAUGCAUCUCCGCCAGUGAAAUGUCUUUCUGUUUCUCACAUGACAACAUUUUUAUUUAAGUCAGUCAAACAGGAGCAUGAAUCCUAUAAUUUUCUGUCAAAGAAAGCCAAACCUCCCCAACAUUAUCAUCAGAUGACUGGAUUGCAAAUGCACACUUAUGUAUAUAUGAAUGUUGUUUUAGAUUGUGAAUCUAGCAUGAGGUUUUUUAUGGUCUCAAGGCAAAAAAGAAAAGAAAAAAUCCUUUAUAAUAUUAUUAAAGAAAAAAGAUUUAAUCUGUGUUUAUUUUGUAUAUUGUUUUUUUUUUAAUUAUUAUUAUUAAUUUAUGUCAUGGCCCAAAGUUAUCUUUCUAGUCAGAAGAAAGGUUUCUGGUCAAUGAGCCAGAAACACCCUGGAUCAGGAUGUCCUUUACCUCAGAUCUCCCGGUCGGCAGUUUGCGUCAUCGUGUAACAAAUGCUGUAGCAAGCGUCUUGCAGUGCAAUGCUUAAAGAACAAUAACUGGAAUUUGACCAGCAGAUUAUUAUUUUUUCUUGUUCUUCUCUCACAACAGCAAAUGCACUUUGUGAUAUUAAAGUGACACAUUUACCUCACAUGCGCUGUGAAGCAGCUGUCACCAUCACUCUAAGUUAGCCAUCCUGGGUGCAAGCAAACUACAGCGCUGUCAAAGCCGACUUGCCGUGUUUCUCUUUUUUUUUUUUUUUUUUUUUUUGUUUAACUGAUAUUUAACAAAUUCAGGGCCUGGUCAGAAGUGAUUGUGAAAUAUUGUACAAAUGAAAUUGUAUGCUUCUCCCCUUAAGUAAAAUAUAGUGACUGCUCUGAA